CGGCUCGGCGGGCGCCCCCCACUUCGUCCUCCCGCUGCCCAUCCCCCACCCGUGCCGCAUCCGUUGGCAUCAAUGGCGACGCCUCGUUAGGUGGCGCGUCGCUCUUCCUUAACUGCUCCCGCUCACACACGCGCAUCGGGUUCAGACGGCUCUGCGUCGAGUUGGUGCGUGCGCUACUCCUCCUCCACCCCUCCUUCCCUGCAGCUGCUGCAGCUCCGCUUGUGACUCGUGACGGGAAGAGGGGAGAUAAAAUAAUACCCCGCCAACCGCGGCGAGGCGUCGGCCGAGCUACACCUGUCGCCGCAGGAGCUGGAAGACCUCCGUCGUUUAUAUAUCCACGCCUGCCGCUGCCGGGGAUGAGCGAGCCGGGCAACGAGCUGGACGAGCUGCUCUGGGAUAACGGACCGGCGCUCCGGCGGGCGGCGUCGCCCUUCCCGCCCUUCUCCUGCAGCCCCGCCGGCACUAUGAAGGCGCAGGAGCUCGCCAAGCACCCCGCGUCGGCGACGGCGAUGGCGCAGGGGCACGACGACGACGCCGUGCCGUGGUUGCAACAUUACCCCAUCAUCGGCGUGGACGACGGCGGCGGCGGCGAUACGGCCCCGCUGCCCCAGGACUACUUCUCCACCUUGUUUCCCGGGUUCUCCGACCUCCCCGCUGCGGUGGCGGGCAGAGAUGCCGGAGCGCCAUCGACGUCUCACGCAGCGGUCGUCGUGCCGCCGCUGCCGGAGCCACCUGUGCUCCCCAAGCAGCAGCAGCAGCAGCAGCAGCAGCCGCCGCCGCCUCGGUCCACCGGCGAGGGCGUCAUGAACUUCUCCUUCUUCUCGAGGCCCCUGCAGCGCUCGCUGCCGCAGGCCAGCGUGAGACCGUCUGCCGCGGGAAGCAAGUCCGUCGAGUCCACGCUGCUGCAGACCAACAGGCUAAGAAGCACCCCGCUGUUCUCGGAGCAGAGGACGGCGUGGCUGCAGCCGCCCAGGGAGUCGCCCGCCACGGUGGCCGCGCCUCGUCCUCUGGCACCGCCAGUGCCUGUCCAGCAUGCCGCAGAACCGGCAGCGGCGUUAUCCCAGAGAUUGCAACCGGAAGCGAGGGCUGCGGCGUUACCACCGAGAUUGCAACCGGAACCGAGGGCUGCGGCGUUACCCCAGAGAUUGCAAUCGGAGGCGAGGGCUUCCGAGAUGCCACCGCCGCCCGCAACAGCGACGACCUCGUCUGUCUGCUCUGACAACGGCGAGCGGAGCCAGCUGAAGAGGAGCAGCCACCAGACUCUGGAGUGGUCGGUCAGUCAGGACGACGAGGACCUUGACGACGAGGCCGGCGGGCUGAGAAGGUCGGCGGCGAGGAGCACCAAGCGCGGCCGCACCGCCGAAGUGCACAACAUGUCGGAGAGGAGGAGAAGGGAUCGAAUCAACGAGAAGAUGCGCGCCCUGCAAGAACUCAUCCCCAACUGCAACAAGAUUGACAAGGCGUCGAUGCUGGAGGAGGCCAUCGAGUACCUCAAGACCCUGCAGCUCCAGGUGCAGAUGAUGUCGACGAUGGGGACGGCCGGGCUGUGCAUGCCGCCGAUGAUGGCAAUGCAGCACAUGCAGAUGCCGCCCAUGGCGCACUUCCACCACCACCACCUCGGCGCCAUGGGGUACGGCAUGGGCCCCUUCGACCCGCGCCUCGUCGCAGCCGCCGGCGCCGCGCAGUUCCCUUACCAGAUGAUGCCCGGCGCGCCCAUGUUCGGCGGCCACGCGAUGCCUCCCCCGCCACCGUUCCACCAGGCGGCGGUGGCGGGCGCUCACAUGGCUGCCGGCCCCGUCAGCAACGACGCCGCCACGGCAGCGCAGGCCGAGCACGAGCAGACACCCGGCGACCAUCCGCAGGUCCCACGAGCAAUGUAGCCUAGCUCCGACAGCGGCGGACUCUGUAGCAGGCUAGCGGCGCACCCAGCAAGGCUCGGUAACUCCGAGCAGGGCUGCGGCAAAACGAAGCUGUAAAAUCUUUGUGAGACUGUAAAAUGGCUCACUGCUCCGGCAUCUUCUCCGUGUCAGAGGAUAGGCCGGGUACAGUGUCUGCUGGGGAGGAUCAAUGGAUCAGGAUCGCUUCUGCUUCCCGCUGCAGUAUUCAAUCCUGACAUGUCCUACCCUGUUUAAAGCUGUGCCCGGUGCCCGCCGCUCAUGAUGCCGCGGACGGACAAGAGUCAAUCUGAAGUACUGUUGGCGCACAUGCAUCAUGGCGCCGAUGGCAGCUUGAGCUGGCACGGGCUCGGGCAGUCCAUGCCUUAGAGCAUCCCUAGUGGCUUGUCUAAAUUUGAUAGUCUAUAUUUACAUAUACACAAUGGUGUAAAAAGAUUUUCUUUUAGACAACCUAAGUUUUUCAGCGGAUUGUCUAUAUACAUGAUGUCUAUUUCUCUUUCAUAUAUUUUAA